GAUGUCUUGAUAAACAACAGAUAUCUGAAGUUGAACGAGUUCAAGCGCUGCGAUUUGUUAGAAAGGUAAAACUGGUUCAUCAUCGCUGUUUUGAAUUUUUCACAGAGAUUUCCGUUCGCUUCGGCAUGUACUAUCGCUCGAACGGUUCUCGAACGUAACAAUAAGAUAGACAGCAUAGUAGGUUGUCUGAGAUUUUAGGCAAGUUAUAAAAUUUAAAACUGACAGCUUAACAUUUGAAGUAAGCCAUUUUCAGAAAACGAGGAAACGCUACAAGAGUACUACAGGCUUUUAUGAAUUCAUUAAAAAGUAAUGUUUGAGUACUGUACCUAUACUGUACUGUAUCAGACUAUACUUUACCAUAUAUAUUACACUACUGGACUUUACUAGACUAUAUAUAGUCUUAUGCCAUUUUUUACGGUGUUUUGCUAUACUGUGCUUACUGUACAUAGUGUUUUGCUUGAUUCUACUGUUACAGUCCUACUACAUGUACUGUAAUAUGUUGUACUGUAUUGUACUGUACUGUGCUGCGCUAAUGUUCAACAGUAUACGUUUAUAAUGUAGUGCAAGCUCAGAAUUUUCUAUUGGGCAGGUGGUUGCUGUUUGUCCGCUACUUUUUCCAAUGUCAUUCGCACAUUGCUUGGUUGCAAUAGCGGCAGACAAGAGUCAAGAACAGGACAGACUUGGCAGAGCAUGCCUUGCCACCAUGUGUGAACUAGGUUGGUAAUUUGGUAUAUGUUGUUUAUUGUAAUAAUAAGAAUUGCAGGUUUUAUCAAUAGAAGGUAAUUUCAAAGAUUGAAAUUAAAAAAAAAACUUAGCCGCCCAAGUGGCGACCUAAUCCGGUCAUUUCAACCCCUGGGUAAUUUCAACCCCUGGGUAAUUUCGUCCGGCUAUUUACACCGAGAGAACAAAAGCAAUGCGGUGUUCAAAAUGCAGAAAUUCCUCGUAUAUCAUGAUUUUCCUGUGGUCGGUGGACUUUCCUGUUCUACGCGUUUCAGCCUGGAACUAGCUUUCCAUUGGUCUUAAUACAAAAUCUUGAGUGUUGGAUUCUCGGGGUCCUGUAUGGGUGGCGGUAAACAAUAUUUUCGAGCUUGUUUAAGGGUUUAAAUUGUCUAACUACCUGAAAAAUAUAUGACGAACACUGUAAAGGAUCAAAACGACCCUGAAAGAAUCGUUCUGGUGUCAAAUUGUAAUCUUUGCUAAAGUUUUGGUUCACAGUCUGUCAGUCUAUUCAACUAUCGAUUUUAUUUUUCCUAGCUGUGAGUAAUGUCCAAGUGGCGUCAUACUGUGGUGGAAUAAAUACUAUCAUUUCCAGUGUUCUUGAUUCACAGGUAUGAAAUGGUGUUAUACGACAAGAUAACCUAAUCCGUAUAGGUAGGUUUCACUCAAGCCUUAAGGCCCAUACAGACCGGACGCGAUUUGGCAACGCGACGCGAAUUGAAAACUGAAAAUUCGCGUCGCGUUGCCGAAUCGCGUCCGGUCUGUGUGGGCCUUUAAACAUAGGGAAACGCUUGCUGGUCACCUUUACACAUAUUGCCGCUUUAGGGACCGGUCAUAAAGUAACUGCUAGGGUGGGCUGGAGUGAUUUGGGAUGGGCCAUGGAAAAUCUUUGGACAGUUUCGAUGGGCCGCCAAAUUUUUUGUAUGUCCACGGUUGGGCCACCAAACAAAAACCCAUGCAUGUCUACUUCAAAAAAUAAAGAUAUUAAUAAUAAAAGUAAACAAAACUAUCCGAAUUAUCAAAUGCAAAUGUGCUAUUGAAGCCAGUACUUUGUUUAUACAACAAGAAGUGGUUGAAUUAUCACAGCAAAUACAACCAACUGGAGAACAGCUCAAUAUCGUAAUUGGUGAUGAAUAUGUUGGUCAAGCUUGGUGGAAUUACGUAUGUCAAUACAGUGCCUGUGUAUAUUUAUAAUGUUGAUACCUGCAAGUUUUUUUUUAUUAUAAAAGUGUGUUUUCCCAAUUUAGAUUGGGUGGGUCAUGAAAAUUUUUUUGUAAGAUUAGAUGGGCUUUGAAAUUUUUAUCUACAUCCUAAAAUGCAUUGGUCACCGAACUUAUUGGCAAAAUUUCUGAUUUACCUCCAGCCCACCCUAGCAGUUACUUUAUGACCAGUCCCUUACGCCUUGUUGUUAGCAAGUACAUUUCGUGAAAUUGGAUAUAUUUGAUACCAAACACAACAUCAAUAUUUAUAAUGAAUUUUUAAAUCGAUUCCGAUAAUUGUGUUUCCAUUUGGAGUCGACCACCAGGCGCUAAACGUAUCACGUGACUGAAACCCAGCUAUAGGCAAAUAUUUAAGUAAAAAUUCGAUUUAUACCAUACACAUGUUGCAUGCACUUGUACCAUAGUUCAUGAGAAAAAUAGCUAAAAUAAACUAUGGUUUUAUUAAAUACAAAUACUGCUUUGCAAAGUCUCCGCUUUCAACAGGUAGCCUCGCAGUAGCUCGGAAGAGUGAUUUUCAUUGGCUCGAUUUGACAAUUGCUUUUGUGUUCAGAACAAUGACAUUGCUUCGUUCUUUAGAAAACCCCCAUCCAUUUGGAGACGACCUUCCGAGGCACUGCGAGGCUUCCCCUUUCAACUGAAGUCAGUCAAAUGGGCAUAUAAGUAGGCAGUAUGUUGUAAAUGAACUUCGACAGUACUCGCGAUUCGGUACAUGCAUGCAUGCACAUACAGACUCACGCAAUCGUGAAAAAAUCCCCAAAUCUGCCAUUUUUCUUUUUCAAUACAGGUUCAUAGGAUGAACGAAUGUCUUGUCUUGACGUUACUGUUUCUCAUGAACAAUCCUGUGACCAGGUGUUAUGUACGACCUGAUGUUGGCUUAGAGGUAAUUUUUACAUCAAAUGUAUGUUGUAUGUUGUUAAACUGUGAAAUGUGGAAAUAUAUAUGACGUCACAAAAUGGAACAUUUCAUUCAUUCCUCCUAUCUUCCAGGGUAUUUUAGCUCCGUUCACUGACCUUCAUUAUAACCACGGAAUUGAAAUUCCCGAUUCUCAACUCAGGUAUACAAAGUUUUAUUUUAGUACGUAUAUUCCAAGGAUUAUUUAGUAUAUUUGCUACAAUUUCCAUACAUUAAUUAUUAUUAUUGGACAACGAAGUUCAACGUUGUUUUUCUUUUCUCAGGGAGGAUCGUGAAUCACGAUUACAAACGAGCAAAAUGGCGAUGGCUACUGUGUUUAAAACGUGGCCAGGUAUGCUGGUUUUUAUUGCUUCAUUAUGUAAAUGUCCCGAAAGUGAUAAAAAGUCCUACUAUUGUGUAUGCCUGCGUCAAAACUCAAUACCAUUCGAAAAAUUUAGUUCGUUCAUGUUGCUUUUAUAUAUUUCGUCACAGUCAUUUUGCUUGUAUUAAUUAAAAUACAGUACUUUAUAAUUUGAUUUGAGCCGAAUUCCUAACUUUUGUUUGCAUAUACCGCCUAUACACAUCAUUGCUGUUCAGAUAGCAGCUCAAAACUACAUUCUCUUGAUAGGCGAUAAACUGUACGAAUUAUUUUACUGUGAACGGGAAUUACAAAUUAUGUUAUACUGUUAACAUGAAUUACGAAUUAUUUUUCUGUUAACAGGAAUUACGAAUUAUUUUACUGUUAACAGGAAUUACGAAUUAUUUUACUGUUAACAGGAAUUAUGAAUUAUUUUACUGUUAACAGGAAUUACGAAUUAUUUUUCUGUUAACAGGAAUUAUAUGUUUGUGCAAACCAGACGGAAGUGGCCUUCAAUCAGUACUUCAGAUAUUCUGUUUACCUGAUCCACUCAUUAAGGUAAGUGUGUAGCAUGCUGAAUGCACAGAGGACGUAAGGAUAUUAGAGAGGUUCAGACUUGACUUCCACUACUGCUACCAUUAAGGGACCAUUAACCAAUCAGAUGCGUUUGAUAUAUCCGAUUAACCAAUCAGAUACGUAGUAGCCAGUGAAAAGUAAUGGUAGCGGUAGUGGAAGUCAAAUCUAAACCUCUCUUUUGUCGUCUGCGAUUAGAUAUUUAAUAUUUUAGGACUAUUAUUGUACAGUACUACUAUAGAGGCAGACGUGACAAUCAAGUCUUGUAAAUUUUCUGCAACAUUAGAACCAACGACAAACAUAAGUUAGACUGUUCACUAUGACGGUUAAGAUUUUUGUUUUCUAAUCUAUUAAUUCUGUGACGUCAUUGAGCUGUUCUUUUACUUCUAGCGUCAUAUUAUGGAUAUCUUGAUGGACGUGUUUCGGCUUCCAGUUCCUGAGUGGACUGACGACUUCAUGGUCGCCUUAAAAAGCAUAG